UCCACCGCCUCUUCCUCCUCCUCCUCCUCCUCCCCCCAAUUCCGGCGAGGUGUCGUUCUGGGCGGCGAGGCGUGCCGUAGAUGAUGGGCUCGUCGGCGGCGGCGCGGGAGGAGCCCUUCCUCGGCGUCGACCUGCGGAUGCUGGCGGCGAGGACGGCGACGGGCGCGCUGGCGAGGGCGGCCGGCGGCGAGGUGGGGGAGAAGGCGGCGCGGUUCGAGGAGUGCAUACGCAGCCUCGAGGCGGAGAAGGCCAAGAUGGAGGUGUUCCGCCGCGAGCUCCCCAUCAGCGUCCACCUCAUCGCCGACGUGAUCGAGUGGUUCAAGGACGAGCUGGAGCAGCAGCAGCGGCUGCGGCGGCGGGCGGAGGCGGAGGCGGUGCCGGCGCCGGAGCUGUGCGCGCCGCCGCUGCCGUCGCCGAAGAGGAAGGCGGCGGCGGCGGAGGGCGUCAAGGCCGAGGCGGACGCGAACGACAAGCGGAGCUGGAUGAGCUCGGCGCAGCUGUGGACCUGCGGGAGCCACACCAGCACCAGCACCAGCAAUGGCGGCAGCGUCAAGAAACAGCAGCACCAGCAGAAGGUGUCAAAUGCGUUCAUGCCACUGGCCGACUCGCCGGCGUUCGCGAAAUCAUCGGAGGAAGCAGGAGUCGCCGCCCCCGCCGGAGCCGGGGGAGCCACGCCAUUGCCGCCGGCCGUGCCAGACCUGUCCCUCUCCUCCCGGGGGGCGACCGACGCCCCCUGCCCGGCCGCGCCGAGCGCCACCAGCAGCGCCGUCACCGACGCCGCCGGAGCGGCAGCAGCAGCGCAGCGCCAGCAGCCGUUGCAGCGGAAGGCCAGGCGGUGCUGGUCGCCGGAGCUCCACCGCCGGUUCGUCGCCGCCCUCCAGCGCCUCGGUGGCCCACAAACUGCCACUCCUAAGCAGAUUAGGGAGCUGAUGAAAGUUGAUGGUCUCACUAAUGAUGAAGUCAAAAGUCACCUGCAGAAAUACCGGCUGCACACGCGGCGAGCGUCCGACGGUGCCAGCGGCUGCGACAAUCAGAUGGCCGGCGGCCACGGCCAUGGCUUGUGGCCGCCGCCGCCGCCAUCGGAGCAGUACACGGCGUCGCAGCACAGCACGUCGCAGUCCGGCUCGCCGCAGGGCCCCCUGCAGCUCACCGUGUCGGUGACCGCCGGCGACAGCUGCGACGGCGGCGACGAGGAUGACGGCAGGUCGGAGAGCUACAGCUGGGAGAUUCAGAAUGGGGCAAGGGCAUCAUCAUCGUCUUGAGCACCAUUAAUUGAUUGUCUCCAGGUGCAACAGCACACUGUCAGUGACUACUGAAGAACUGAGGCCUGUUUCUGUACAGUAUUCAGAGUUUUCUUUGGCCCCCUUUUUUUGGAGGAGAUUAAGUACUGAGAGAAGUGAUCCAUGUGAGUAAUUUGAGUUUGUUGUAGCAGAGGAUUUGAGGAUAUGAGAUGUGUUAAUUACAUCACAUUGUAUAAUCUUUGGGUUAAAUUGCGGUGUCGAGGUUAAUUAUGUUAAUUGAGGAGAAGAUUGCUAUAGAUUAUUAGCAUUAAUCUUGGAUGCCUCCUGGUUCUGCAUUUUUGCAGUUUGUUUUGAAUAUCUGAACAGACAUUUGCUUGCUUUGUGGUAAAAGUUGAACUAAUUAAUUGAGGUCAACAAUGGUAAAAAAUGG